UUGUCCUUUCGGUCUUUCGCCAUAAAAGUAAAAAGUCUCUGAAACCCUCUUCCUCCUCGUCCUCCUUUUCAUCACUUCAGGGCUUAGGGUUUCAAUCGAUCCCCCUCCAAUCCACAGCCUCGAUCUGCAAGCUCAGCUGAAGAUCGCCUUCUCAGCAGCUCGGCUUCCUCUCUCGCCGCUUCCAUGGAGGUAUUAUUCAUCAGUCACUGUGUGAUAUCUGACACAAGGAUGGAAAAUAGCCAAGAGACUGUGAAGUCUGAGGCCCACUUGACAUCUGCAGCGGCCUUCGUGGAAGGUGGAAUUCAGGAUGCCUGUGAUGAUGCUUGCAGCAUUUGCCUUGAAGCCUUCUGUGACAGUGAUCCUUCAACGGUGACCACUUGCAAGCAUGAGUUUCAUCUCCAGUGUAUUCUUGAAUGGUGUCAGAGGAGCUCACAGUGCCCUAUGUGUUGGCAACCAAUCAGUCUGAAGGAUCCGACGAGCCAGGAAUUAUUGGAGGUGGUGGAACGUGAGAGAAGUUUUAGGUUUAACCCAUCAAGAAAUGCGACAAUAUUCCAUCACCCAACUCUUGGAGAUUUUGAGCUGCAACAUUUACCAGUGGGAGCAAACGAUGCUGAACUUGAGGAGCGUAUCAUUCAGCAUCUAGCUGCAGCUGCUGCUAUGGGACGAGCACGCCAUGUCACUAGAAGGGAGGGACGAAGGACUAGAAUAUCAGGUCAUGGUCGUCCACAUUUUUUGGUAUUCUCUGCUAAUCCUGAUGCACCUCCCAGCGGUCCCGCUGCUUCCUCCCCUGCUCACGGCGGCAGCAGUGAAUUAGUUUCUGAAGGCCCUGUCGUUGCAUCAUCUGCAUCUCCCAUAAAUGUGGAAGAUUCACCAAUAGGGUCUGCCGCAAUCUCCUCCCAAGCGGAGCAGGGUGCUUCCUCACCUUCUAGAUCAAGUCCUGUUGCCACCAGUCAGCAGGGACCAUUAUUGAAUACUAGGAGAUCACCUGGUCACUCUUCACCUAAUAGUCAAGAAAGAGCUGGACCGUCGGAGUUGCAAUCAUUUUCUGAAUCUCUAAAAUCGCGAUUUAAUGCAGUGUCGACAAGAUGCAAAGAGUCAAUUACAAAGAGCACCAGAGGUUGGAAAGAGAGAUUGUUCACACGGAACACUUCAAUGGCAGACCUUAGCUCUGAAGUUAGACGAGAGGUUAAUGCUGGAAUUGCUACUGUCUCGCGCAUGAUGGAGCGUCUUGAAACGAGAGAAGGUAAAGCCAGCUCUUCUGUUGGCAACAGUUCAGAGAAUGUUCCAGUUCUCGAAUCAAGCAGCCAGCAGAAUCCUGAAGCGACUAUCCAGAGUCAUCCGAACGACACCAAUACACAUGCUUCCUGCGCUGCGGGUUCUUGUUCCAGUUAGGCGUAUCUUUCAGUUGUAGCCUGAGACAGAAUCUUGGAUGGAAGCCAGUACGUCGUCUGCUGCAGUUGGGGAGGAUGGACAUCUUCAUGGAGUUAAUGCUCCUAGCAGUUGCAUCGGAUAGAUUUCGCACUCGUGGGAAAACCAUUUUAGGGGAAACAAAAGAAUUGGAAUAAAGGACUGAAACUAACAGAGCCCUCUUCGAAGCUGGAACCGUAGUAUAUGUUUUUAUUGUAAAUUCCUAUAUAUAUAUAAAAUACCGAUUACUCUAUAUAUAUGUUUCCUCAUGAUGUAUAACCGAAAAUGUCUCCUCUCUUA